CUUCUCAACGAGGCUAAGAACAGCGAGGAGAAGGCCAAGAAGGCCAUGGUCGACGCCGCCCGUCUCGCCGACGAGCUGCGCGCCGAGCAGGACCACGCUCAGACGCAGGAGAAGCUGCGCAAGGCGCUGGAGACCCAGAUCAAGGAACUGCAGGUCCGACUGGACGAGGCCGAGGCGAACGCGCUCAAGGGCGGCAAGAAGGCCAUCCAGAAGCUGGAGCAGCGCGUGCGCGAGCUGGAGAACGAACUGGACGGCGAGCAGCGAAGGCACGCCGACGCCCAGAAGAACCUGCGCAAGAGCGAGCGCCGCAUCAAGGAGCUCAGCUUCCAGGCCGAGGAGGACCGCAAGAACCACGAGCGCAUGCAGGACCUGGUUGACAAGCUGCAGCAGAAGAUCAAGACCUACAAGAGGCAGAUCGAGGAGGCCGAGGAAAUCGCCGCCCUCAACCUGGCGAAGUUCCGCAAGGCGCAGCAGGAGCUCGAGGAGGCGGAAGAGCGCGCGGACCUCGCGGACCAGGCCAUCGCCAAGUACCGCGCCAAGGGACGAGGUGGC